CCGCGGCUCCCCGCCGAGGCAGGUAAGGCAGGGUGGCUCCGGCCGGGGGCUGCUCACAGCAGGCCGGUCCUGGACCGGAGGCGGAGGACUGCAACGCCCAUCAGCCCCAGGCAGCAUUAGUGGUUCCUUAUGCCUGACCAUGCGGAUGCCAGCUUGCCCCCAGAGGACCGGGUCAGGGGCCUCAUCCAAAUGGGGAGCAACGUGGAGGUCAACGAAGACGUCCCGCCACGCAGAUACUACCGCUCUGGAGUGGAAAUCAUCCGGAUGGCAAGCAUCUAUUCUGAGGAAGGCAACACGGAACGUGCCUUUAUCUUAUACAACAAAUACAUCACGCUUUUCCUAGAGAAACUCCCAAAACACCGUGAUUACAAAACUGCUGUCAUUCCAGAGAAGAGGGAGACUGUGAAAAAACUGAAAGAGAUUGCAUUCCCAAGAGCUGAGGAGCUGAAGAAGGAGCUUAUAGAGAAAUACAGCAAAGAAUAUGCAGAAUACAACAUACAGAAGAAGAAGCAGGAGGAGGAGUUUUCCCGCAGCUUGGCUCUUCAGCAGCAGUUGGAAGAGGAGAGGCAGAGGGUGGCCCUGAUGAAGCAGCAACAGGCGGAGCAGGAGCAGUUCCACGCCUUCGAAGAGAUGAUCCGGCGCAAAGAGCUGGAAAAGGAGCGCCUGAAGAUCAUGCAGCAGUUUGGGCAGCCGGCCCUUGACUCCUCGGUGGUGGGGCCCUUGAUCCCCGGGGUGCUCAAGCCCCCCACGGACCCACAGACUCUUGUCCCCCCCAAGCAGGCUUCCAGCCCCGGCAGCGGCGGAGUCAUUCUUCCCAAACCUCCCACCGUGGACAGGUCUCUGAAACCUGGAGCUUUGGGGAGCCUAGAAAACAAUACAACUAUAGAAGGACUUCGCCAGGUCAUCAUCCCCAGGGAGCUCUGUCAUAAAUUCCUCCAGCUGGCAGAUGCAAACACCGCAAGGGGUGUGGAGACAUGUGGGAUCCUCUGCGGGAAGCUGAUGAGGAAUGAAUUCACUAUCACCCACGUCCUCAUUCCCAAGCAGCACGGAGGCCCCGACUAUUGCAACACGGAGAACGAGGAGGAGCUCUUUCUGAUCCAGGAUCAAUACAGCCUUAUCACUCUGGGAUGGAUCCAUACGCAUCCCACCCAGACAGCGUUCCUUUCCAGUGUUGACCUGCAUACGCACUGCUCCUACCAGAUGAUGAUGCCGGAGUCCGUAGCGAUUGUUUGUUCACCAAAGUACCAAGAGACAGGAUUCUUUAAACUGACAGACCAUGGCAUGGAUGAGAUUUCUUCCUGCCGUCAGAAAGGGUUCCAUCCACACUGCAAAGACCCUCCCCUCUUCACUACCUGCAACCAUGUGAGCGUCCUGGAGCGAGAAGUAGUGGUUCUGGACCUUCGAUAAAGGACUUGCCUUUGCCAGCCAGUAACUGUCCUCCUCUGAGCUGACCUGUGGGGGCCAAUGAUGUGUCUCCUCUAUGCAGUGAUUUCCCAAAUUCUGCCUGUAGCGCCUUGAGACAUUUGUGUUCUCCUUGAUCUGGCACAGUGGGUAAAUUUUGGAGUCCAGGUGGGAUGAGUGGGUUUGGGUGGUUGGAUGGGGAAUUAUAAACUGGAAUUCAUACUGGACAUGAUUCUGUUACUUUUGAUUGCUUACUAAGCCUGUUCCAGCUUUACUCCGUGACACAGUACUCCCAGUCACCAAGCUAGGAUUAAAACCAAUUAAAUCACUUUAAAACAC